AUGUCGCUGAUUUCAUCGAUUUUGGCCCCGCGUGCGCUCGCCGCGAGCGCGCCCGCGGCGGGAGACACGUACGCGACGAGCAGUUAUUACCAGGGAGACGCCGGGGUGGUGUCGUUGGAUCUGCAAGGGACGCGGACGUGCUGGGACGAGUCGACGUGGCAUCAGCGCCCGGACGUCCCAGAGGUGCUGUUAAAGUCGACGAUACCGCUCGAGGUGAUCACGGGUUGGGCGUCCCAGCGCAUGGCCACAUUGGUGCUUGGGAUCUUAUUGAGGGAGAAACUCGGUUACACGGUGGAGUACAAGACGUGGGACAAGGAUGGCUCGGCGCAGCAGUUGUUGGGAACGAUGACGCAGACGGGCCGGCAGUACGUAAACGUGCUGUACGGGAAAUCAGUGUUCGAUCUCGAGCUUUGGCCCGUCUCCGGAGCCACGGGGAGGACGUUGGCGUCCAAGACGACAGUGGGGACGAUACCUGAUUACACACUGGUCGGCGCGCUCGGUCAGGUAGCGCGGAACGGCUGGUAUCUCAACGCUGAUGCUGUCCCGAACCCAGAGCUGUGGUCCUCUUUGCCCUUGUUGAACUCUUCAGGUGCGUUCGACCAGACGAAGGCUAUUGGUCAACGCUUGACUUUGUCAAUCGAGUUAAAUGUCACGGAUCUUUCCCAGGGCUCGGAAGACGAUAAGGCCAUUUGUCCGACCUCGAGUACAACAGUGUCCUGGUACGGCGGUACUCUCGACUGCGUAACGGGAUCUUGGGCGCCAGUCGCUCUGGGCGCGCCUGUUUCCAGUGCUAGGUGCUGCACGAGGUACUAUAAUCGAACGAAUGAGUGCACUAGCGGUAUGCGUCCAUGCGUGGCUCUCGUAUCCAACAACCCAGCUUGGGUGAAGAGUGAACACGAGCGUCGGGUAAUCGCGAGUGGCCUUCCUCUAGAAAUUAUCUACCAAAACUCUUUAGCCGUGGUGGAGUGGGCGAAAUGGAAAACCGAUACUGGGACACCAACCCCGGUGCUCUUUUACCGGUGGGAACCCGAUCUCGCGAUUACCGAGCAGACGUACAUUCGAAUUGCGCUGCAAGAUCCGGUGUACUGUUCGGCGUCUUAUCUUAACGUCGAUGGUGAUUUGGUUAUCCCAGAAAGGCUUUCCAAUUCAUACGCUCACGCGAGCUCGUCCCCAGCUCAGAGCUGCGAUUUCAGUCAAGAAGUGCUGGAAAAGGGGGCACAUGAACCUUCUAGAAUUUACUUUAGCGACGCCUUUUAUCUCGUGGAGGAGCUGCAAAUCACGUUUACGAACAUUCAGAACCUGUUAGGACUGAGAAUGAAUCUCACGAGUACGUAUCCUGACGUUACAGAGAGGGAGUUUGCGGCCGCUUGCCAAUGGUUGAAGGAACAUGAAUCGGCGUGGUCGGAUUACAUCAUUCCAAAUACUUACUAUUUCACUGUCCUGUGGAAAGUUGCACUAGCCCUUGGGUGCUUCCUCAUUUACGUGAUCGUUCAGCAGAUGCGGGUUUUCCGGCGUGGGGAGUACUACGAUACACAGAAGAGAAAGGGCGAGGAAGUCUUAGCCGCCAUGGAACAAAAUCCAAUCUUUAUGCUCGAUCGUUUGGAGCAAAAGGAGUUCCACGUAAUGGAUGACCUCAUGGACCUCGAGGAAGAGUCACUCGCUGGUCUGCCCGAGCUGUCCUUCAAGGUGCGAGAGCUUCAUGUGGGUGAUGAUGAGUACGGCGUGAAGUUGACCAUCGUAAGAAAUCAUGUCGACAACGUGCCGGCGCACGCUGAGCUCGAAAUCACCAGUCUGACGGCCAAACUUGGACUGGACUACGACCGUUUGGUGAAGGAGGAUGCGAACGGCCCUGGAUCCCUUAACGAGACGGAGCCGGGCGGUAGGACGCGCGUCGAGUUCGAACCCGGCCAAUGCGAGAUGCGGGUCGUCCUUCCAUUCUUAUCAAACGCAUGCUGGACGCCAGCCACGAACUUAUUCAUCACGAUGACCUCUGUCAAGGGAGAAGGCGCGGCUCGUAUCUUCCCGAUUGACAGCGUGGCGGUCUUCAUCCACGCCAUGGGAUUUUUCCCAGAAGGCUUUAGGCUCUCCAUGACCGACGGAAGCAGCUUCAACAAGAUUCUUCGCUUCCUGUUCAGUUUCUUGGACGAGGCUAUCGACCUUGAGUGGAUCAUCCCUCUGACGUGGCGCUAUCAGUUAGUGAACUGUAUCAUGGCUCUCCUGGAUACAUUCGUAUGGUCGUUAUUCUUUGCCAUAUUGGUGAACGAAGGUCUGCUCCAGCGACGCUCGGACUGGUGCAUAUUAGUUGCAAUGGUUUUUGUCGCCAUCGAACUUUUCCGUUACCACAUCGGACUGCACUACUUCCCCGGGUCAUACGUCUUACAGACCCACCUGGAAGUGCUUCUCGGUAAAAAAUUUUCGAGUCUUUCCACGGCAGAUCUUGAGGCGAUAGGCAGCGCAGAAUCUCUGUUCAGAGUCUCCGCUUCGACGGACACGAACACCAUUCGGACAGAUCUCUGGGCGAGGUUACACGCCACUUUUAUAGAUUUGUAUCGCCUCGCCGGUGCAUCCGUUUUCAUCGCCUACUCUUUCAAGGACCAGCAAGAAUUGGUUGGUUACACCAUCGGAAUGAUUGGAGUCAUUUUCCUCGGAGCACUUUUCUUCAUUUCGUUUAGAAUUAGAAAAAGUUAUGUCGCCGGCAUCAUGGAGGAUGAGCUCGAAGUGAUGGUGUACGACACCUCCCAUUAUCUGUACCGCAAUACGGGACUUGUCCGCGAAUCUCACACCGAAGCAAGAACUUCCGAUCGACAAUAUGAAAAGCUGUGGUUAUUCCUUGACGGAGGUAUUUUCGAGCGAUGGUAUCAAGAUUAUUUCAACAAGUGGACCUUGUUCGCAUGCCUCACCUUGGUGAUCGCUCUCAUGUAUGGCUUCGCACCUCAGAUUCUUGCAAUCGACAAGGUCACCGUGGGUAUGUUCAUCGCCAUUGUGACAUCUAUUUCGCAGCUUGGAAACGCCGUCAUCGCGAUUGCAGACAAUAUCUCCGUCAUGCUGGCUUCUGUAUCGAAGGUUGCACACAUGGCUGCGCUGUUGAACAUUCGUUCCUCGCGUAGAAGACGUUUGGACGCCAUGCACAAGCUCUACCAGUCGGGUGCAGACGGAGAAGAAGAUGAGACUAAAUUCCAUCGAAAUCACGAGAGCAACUCGAUUCAGACGUUGUGCUCGGUCAAUGAGAACGAAACAGCUUGUAUUUACCUCGAUCGAAUGACGUUGACACUGCAACCGCCUGAACAGGGAACGAAAGCCAUCAACAUAUUUACGGCUCUCUCCGCGUUCGAUCAACACGGUACCCAAGUUCAAUACAUCCCGGCCGGUGGGUUCAUUGGGAUUCGUGAGACAAGAGGCACGUUUUCCAGGACGUUUAUGAAUCUUCUCGCGGGUACAGAUGUCGCUUUCAGCGGCGUCGGAUGCAUCAACCCAAGAUACGAGACAGUCGUUCGCUUGCGAAGGGACAAGGAAUCCAUCCUCAUGUGCGAGUCUCUCAUGCAAAACCUUCUCGUCGGCAUCACUCUGGAGCUGUCUCGGCUUCCGCCCAGAUGUAGACGGGCGCGCUUAAUGCAGGAGUGUAUGCGCCGAUACGACUCAGAGUUUUUGUGGAAGCUCUGCACCGCGCUCGCGUUCACUCCUUCUCUCACGGGUACGCAGUAUCGUGAAGACUGGGCAAUGGUGAGUAUGACGUCCAUCGCGACCCUUUUAGACCCGAUCACAGUGUUCAAGAUCACCUUUGUCCAGGCAAUCUUGCAACACCCAGACGUUAUCAUGGUCGACGGGUUCGGGGACGACUUUCCAGCCCCGGAUCUCGCCUCGGCGGUCGAGGUGUUGCGGCUCUUUGUGGAAAAGAAGCUGCCAAUCAUAAGAGACCCAUCGCUGAGAUUACAACAGAUGGAGCGGGAGGUGCGCACGGUCAUUUGGCAUGGCAGUCCUUGGUCCCUGCUGGCGGCUCUAACGCCGAAUGAAUUCGUGGUGAACAUAACGUCAAAGAGCGCAGCCACAGUGACCCCGGCGCACGUCGCGUUCAACGGCGUCCGCGCCUCGGACACUUCUGUCGCGCUGUCCAAGAUUCCUCCAGCCAAAGACAUCGUCAACCCGGUGGGCAUCACCAUGAUGCGCAACAUGCGUUCUUUUGUGAGCAAGAGUCUGAAGGUCGAAUCACAAUCGAAGAAUCGAUCCUUCUUGAGUUCGUCCAGUUCCAAGAAGAACUCGGCUCGAAAGCGAAGCAAGGAAAACCGCAUCGCCUCGCUCUCGGCGCAGGUAGACGACGAACCCGGGACCUCCGCGAGAUCUCUCGAUGCUCUUUCCGAUUCCGAGAGUAAAUCGUCGAGAGGUGGGUUCUUCGGCUUUGGAAAGAAAUAG